AUGUCCUUCCUUGCUUCUUCCACGGGCCUGGGCGCCCUUCAGGCGCCAGCUCCCGCCUGCAGUCGCAGGGCGAUCUCGUCUCGGCCCGUUUCGAGGCGGCUGGGCGUGCAGGUGUCUGCGGUUGCCGAUGUUCCGCCCAAGGCCGUUGGUCGUCCCAAGCCCGCGGCUCCUGAAGGCACGCCCGUUGUGACGCCACUGGACAUCCCCUCUCGGCCGAGGCGCAACCGGCGGAGCGAGACCAUCCGCAAGUCCAUCAGGGAGACGUUCCUCGGCCCGGAGCACUUCAUCAUGCCCCUCUUCGUGCACGAGGGCAGCAAGAACAUCCCGAUCAGCUCCAUGCCCGGCAUCGAGCGCCUGUCCUUCAAGAACGGUCUGCUCGACUACGUCGCGGAGGCUCGGUCGUACGGCGUCAACCAGGUGGUGGUGUUCCCGAAGACGCCAGAUGACCUGAAGACCAUGACGGGGGAGGAGGCCUUCAACGACGUCGGCCUGUCGCAGCGCACCAUCUCGCUGCUGAAGGACACGUUCCCGGACCUCGAGGUGUACACCGACGUCGCGCUGGACCCGUACAGCUCGGACGGCCACGACGGCAUCGUGCGCGACGACGGCGUGAUCAUGAACGACGAGACGGUCGAGUUCCUCUGCCGGCAGGCGGUGUCGCAGGCGCGCGCGGGCGCGGACUGCGUGGCCCCCUCCGACAUGAUGGACGGCCGCAUCGGUGCGAUCCGCCACGCGCUCGACCGGGAGGGGUUCACGGAGGUGUCCAUCAUGUCCUACUGCGCCAAGUACGCCUCCGCGUACUACGGGCCCUUCCGCGAGGCCCUGGACUCGAACCCGCGCGCGGCCGGCGCGGGGCGCGUGAUCCCGCCGAACAAGAAGACGUACCAGAUGGACCCGCACAACCUGCGCGAGGCGCUGCGGGAGGCCGAGCUGGACGAGGUCGAGGGCGCCGACAUCCUCAUGGUCAAGCCCGGCCUGCCCUACCUCGACGUCGUGCGCUACCUCAAGGACAACAGCCGGCUGCCCAUCUCCGUCUACCACGUGUCGGGCGAGUACGCCAUGAUGAAGGCCGCUGCGGAGAAGGGUUGGAUCAACGAGAAGGACGUGGCGAUGGAGACCCUGGUGUGCUUCCGCCGGGCCGGUGCGGAGCUCAUCCUGACGUACUACGCCAUGGAAGCGGCGCGCUGGAUGGCCGAGGGGAAGUGA